GCGCGCACAGGGGGAUCGCUUCCGCGCGCUGCCGGGCCGAGGCCGGGAAGUGGCGGCGGUAGCAGCAGCGAUCGGGGCCCCGCAGCGGGACCGGCCAUGUGAGAGACCUCCGCCGCCCAGGUGAGGCCCUACCUGGGUCGAGGCGCAGAGGGGGACGCCCGGGCUCCCCCUUCGCUCCGGCGGGAGCACAACACUAGAUUUGUAAUGAAAUGGAGUCUGGGACAAACUCUUUUCGAGUGGAAUUUCCUGAUUUUUCUAGCACCAUUUUGCAGAAGUUGAACCAGCAGCGCCAGCAGGGACAGUUAUGUGAUGUUUCCAUUGUAGUUCAGGGCCAUCUGUUCAGAGCCCAUAAAGCUGUCCUUGCAGCCAGCUCACCUUACUUCUGUGACCAAGUGCUCCUGAAAAAUAGCAGGCGAAUAGUCCUUCCAGAUGUGAUGAAUCCAAGAGUGUUUGAGAACAUCCUUCUGUCUACUUAUACAGGACGGUUGGUGAUGCCUGCUCCAGAAAUUGUCAGUUAUCUGACAGCAGCAAGUUUCCUUCAGAUGUGGCACGUAGUAGACAAAUGCACUGAAGUGUUAGAAGGGAACCCAACAGUUCUCUGUCAGAAGAUGAAUCAUGGCAGUGAUCAUCAGUCCCCAAGCAGCAGUAGCUAUAAUGGGCUUGUUGAAACCUUUGAGCUGGGCUCUGGAGGACAGCCAGACUUCCACAAAGUGCAGGAGCUAAGGGAUGGUGAAAAUGAAGAAGAAAGCUCUAAAGAUGAGCUGUCAUCGCAGCUAACAGAACAUGAGUACCUUCCCAGUAAUUCUUCAGCAGAACAUGACAGACUCAGCACAGGAAUGACAAGUCAGGAUGGCGAAGAGGGAGCCAGCGACAGUGCAGAGUGUCAGUAUACAAGGCCUAUCUAUAGCAAACCCAGCAUCAUGUCACACAAGCGCUGGAUCCAUGUGAAACCAGAAAGAUUUGAACAGGACUGUGAAGGCGUAGAUGCACAUACUUAUGAUGAGCACCAGGUGUCUGAAUCCAUGAAUGUCAUUCAGACAGAGCAUUCUAUCCAGUCUUCAGGAGUUGAAGACUUUCAUGUAAGUGACAAAAAGAUGGAGGCAGAAUUUGAUGAACAGGCUGAUGAAAAUAACUACGAUGAGCAAGUUGAUUUCUAUGGCUCUUCUAUGGAAGAAUUUUCUGGUGAAAGGGCAGAUGGAAAUCUAAAUGUUCACAGACAAGAUGUUAUGAUAGCAGCAGGGUAUGGUGAGAGCAUUGAAAUGACUACAGGAAUUAAAGAAGAAACCACUCUCUCUGGAUUCUCACCUACUGACAAACUAUAUCCUUGUCAGUGUGGUAAAAGCUUUACACACAAGAGUCAGAGGGAUCGGCACAUGAGCAUGCACUUGGGUCUUCGGCCUUAUGGUUGUGGUGUCUGCGGUAAGAAAUUCAAAAUGAAACAUCAUCUUGUCGGCCAUAUGAAAAUCCACACAGGCAUAAAACCUUACGAGUGUAAUAUCUGUGGGAAAAGAUUUAUGUGGAGGGACAGUUUUCAUCGGCACGUAACUUCUUGUACUAAGUCAUACCAAGCCUCCAAAGCUGAGCAGAAUACUACUGAGAUGAACUAAAACAUAAGACUUAUAAUUGUUUAGCAGAGUAAGCAAAAUAAACUAAUUAUGCAAAUAUUGUCUGGUACUUGCUAUUGUAAAAUUUAAGGUUUUGGUUUUUUCAAAGUUCUAAGGAUGUUGCUGAUACAGCUGUGAGCAGACCAAAUUUUUGUCCAUCUACUGUCUCCACUGCAGGUGCUUCAACCCUGCCCUGAUGGGACCCCUUUAGAGGUGAGAGGGAAGUUCAAAUCUCCAUGGCUUAUUCAUAGGACCCUCUGCUGAGACUGUAACUAAUGAGGCCAAUUGUGGUGAUUUUUUUUGUUAUAUAUUAUUGCUGUUAUUUAUUAUUUGUUUCACAGUAGUGCUCAAGGGCUGUGACGAAGGCUACAUUGUGCUAAGAGUUAAAUAAACAUACUGUAAGUUCCAGACCCAAACCCCACAAUCUUAAAGCUUCAAUCCUGCAAACACUUAUUCCUGUGCUUAACUUUAUGCAUGAGAAGGUGGCAAUAAGGGUAACAGUAGCACAAGGUUGCAUAGGUUAGCUAUGUGUAGAAAUUGCAGGAUUCAGGUGUUUUUGUUUUAAUAAAUGAAUAAAGGAUUUUAGUUAUAUAGAACUGGCUGUCAGCAGGGAACUGAACAGAUGUCACCAACUUACUUAACAUGGGUCAUUAAAUAGCCUUCAGAUAGCUAUAUUUUUUAGUGAAAAGCCACUUUUUGAGUCAAGCCUUCCUUUACUUGUUUGUUUACUCAUAUUUUUCUCUGGUAGAGUGUCUGGUUCUGUCUCGUUACUGGGCCUAGUUCUAUUUGUUCGUUUUUGUAAAGCACUUGGAUAUAUCAUGAUGUGUGCUGCAUAAAUUUAAGAGACAGUUACAUUAAAACUUCAUUUGUUUGUACCCCUGCAGUGUAUGAUGGUAAAUUCGGUUGGGCUGUCUUUCAAUCUUGGCUGCCACAUCGUAAGAGAACUUGUAGAAGUGUGUGUGUAGCAAGAGGGCAUUUUAUCAAAAUGUUUUUAUUUUUUUAAGUGCAUAGUUGGUAUUAUUCCAACACUCAAUAAAGCCUUUAACCUAUAGCUCAAGUUUCAGAUUUUCAUGGCUUACUGCAGUAGCAAGUACCAAACUCACUGUACAGUACAGACUUGGGUUUUUUUGGUACUAAAACUUGUUUGAAAAUUUCUAUCCUCUUAAAUCUGAAGAGCUAGAGACUUGCUUCAGGAAGUUCUUAUUAGUCAUUGAUAAACUGUCAUUUAAAUAUUUAAUCCUCUACUGUUUGAACAGUGGGGUCCAUAAUACAUGUUCUUGAUUGUCAAUUACUGUGACUCUGAUCACAUUCAGAGACACAAGAAGGUCAGAGCUGUUUUCUCUCCAAAUGAAGGCCCUUGCUGACAAAAUUUAAAUUACCCUAGUUGGAUCCCUUUUAAUUACACAGUGGGACAUGGUGCCAUGCACAAGUUUCAGGUUUGUGAGCAAUUCUGGAUUCUUAGUUGUGGGAAGGUGGCACUCGUGCGCUAUGAGGAGGAUAUAUUAUACACUGGACUAAUGCUCUAGCAGAUGGAGCAGUGUCGUAGUUUGGGGAGAUUUUGACAUCCAUCCAGGCUGCAGGGAAUGCACCAGUUGUGAAGGUGGAGAUAAGAUAGGGGUUGAAGAAGGCAGCUCAAAAUGGCUGAAAGCCUUUGCAUUCCUACUCAGAAGCAGUUAACCUUAUGAUGUAGUUUACUACCUGGUGUAAGAACGAAAAAGCCUUCUUAGCAUACACUGGGGUCACAAUCAGAAGAGGUGAGUCUACAUACAUGUAGCCCUCUUCCAGCACUGGUAACUUGUAAGAAAAUAGUUAGCCAGGACCAAAUAGCUACCAAGCAUGACUGGCCCCAAGUUGCAUCCAGAUUCUGCAAUCUGUAGAAUCAUGGAACUAAAAUACAACAUGACCCAUUAUGUUAAAGCCACACACACAAACCAGUAAUUCCCCUUUUAGCUGUUUUUCUUCUUUAUCUGCUUAACAGCCCAAUUAAAAAAUUAUUUUAACAUCUAACCAAACUGUAUCCUGAACAUGAAUGUCUGACACAAAGGUGAGCUUCAUUACUUGGUGGGCUAUUAUUACUGCAACUCUUUGGCAUAUUACUUAAACUUAAGUAAAAAUGGGUUUUUUUAAAGGCUCUCAAAUUUUACUCUAUCAAUUCUUCAGAUAUUUUUCAUACAGAAUUUUGAGUACAGAAAAUGAGUCCAUUGCUGGCAAUGGACAUACAAAUGGUCAGCACUAAGGAGUUCCUGUUCUUAGCACUUACUUGAACAUCAAAGCAGGGUGGGGGUGAUAAUUGCUGUCUAACCCAUGUACUCAAGGUAACUAAACAGGGAUCUAUCUGUUCACUAACACUGUAACCUGAUCAAUGUAUAAAAGCACUUUGUAUUUAAAAAUCUUUAUACAUUUUUUUACAUUUAGAAAUUAUAUAGUCCUUCUAUGGUUUCUUUCCACAUUUACACUCACUAUUUAAUAUUGAAAUUUAUAAUGAUAGCAGGUUAUUUCCUUGUGUGUUUACAUGAGUGUAGGGAGAGGGUUCCUGUACUUACUGGCCCUUUUUUUCCAUUUCCCCACCUCCUUACCACAUACAGGGAGUACUUUUUGUGACUUUCAUGGUUCCAUUUGGAGGAGAUAAUGCUCCUGUUCUCUUCAAGAUUGUUCCAGUACAGUGGCUGUCAUUCUUUUCCAUACUGUGACCCCCCAAAGGACAACAGAGAAGAUUUGGGGACCCAUCUGGCCAUAAAAAAGAGAGGGUGGUUGGAAACCCCAAGUUGAGAACCUAUGGUCGAAUAACAAAGUAUACUUCCAUCAGACCCAGACCACCCUACAGAGCUGCCUGUGAACCCCUUUCGUUUACUGGCUUGAGAUGACUUUUAUAUGGGACUUUUAAAAGUUGACUUCAAAUAGGAGUAAUAUUUAGAAAACUUUGAAAUAGAGCUUUAAAAUAAAUGUACUAAGAGACACUUUAAAGGUUUUAUACAGGUGUAGUAGGUGUGUGUGUAUCCUUUUAAUGACUUUUCAUGAAUAGUAACUCUAACAUCUAAUACUGUUUCCACCCAAUAGGUUGUGACAUUUUGUGUUGAAAAUCCAGCAUAUAUGACUCCAUUAACAUUUGUAAUCCUUGACACUUGGAUUUUUGGUAUUAAUCUACAUGAUCCACACUUAGCUAACUAAAACAAGAAAAGCUGAAUGCAGCUUCUUCCAGAGCCUAUAAGCACCACUAUUGGGAUGGCCUUGUGUAAGGGAUAAAAGAUGCAUUCUGGUCUUGCAAACAAGGGAUCCACUUAAUAUAUAUUUUAAGGUGAAUGUUAUGCAUUUAUGCUUAUGCUUUAUAAUUUUAGAUGAGACCAUUUAAAAACAUGGUUUUGUUAAUUUUUUAUCCUUCCCUUGAAUAUCCCCCUCUUUUUGCUAGUAGACAUUUGCAGAGGGGAUGUUUUAUAAACACCUGGAUCAUUGUAGAGAGAUAAGAAGUGGUAACAAUUUCAGAAUCUUCUGUUACUGAGAGUCCACUGCAUGGCCUGCUGGUGAUAAGAACUCUCUAAGGAGACUAAAGUUAAAUUCCUUCCAAUUCCAUCUCUAGGUUUUUUAAGACCAUCAUUACCCAUGGUAUCUAAGCAAUUGCAAUUCUGAAGUACAGUCUCCUGAAGUCACAGUGACAAGUACCUGACUUCUUUUCUCAGAGGAGCUGUGAAUCUGUCUGUCAGGAGUCGUUUUUCUCCUUUUUUGGGUUUAUAUAUUAGCAUUCCCAUUUUGCACACUAGUAUUUAAAAAAAAUAAAUAAAUAAAAGCACCUUCCCAGUUUCAAGUAGCAACCAUUCUUGAUCGCUUCAAGGACAAGCAGAGAGACCCUAGAUGGUACUACUGAAAGAUCUUUGGUCUCAAUUUUUCCUCUGAUGUAGCUUCCCUGUUAAGACUGUGAUAAAUACCACACAUCAGAGGCCAGGAGGGAGCUCUGAGAUUGCCAUAUUUCAAUGUCUUUUAUUAUAAGGUCCAUACUUGACAUCACUGUACUUCUGGACACGAAAGAAUGGACAUCCUUCAGACCACCUAAAGUGAACAUUAUUGGGCUGAUGCCAGAGAGCUAACCCAUCUUUGAAUCCUGAGAGCCAGCAGUUUUGUAUUUAGUUUGUCAUCGUUAUUUAGUAGAGUUGGAAGUUUUCUCAAAACAGCAAAGGAUUAUAUUUAAUUAUAUUUAACUGGGUAGUUAGAGUUUUUAGUUAAAAAGCUCUAAGUUGUCUGUGCCCCAAGGGGAGAUGCUGGAAAACCAAUAUAUUUUUAAUGUGAUGAAAUUAUCAGACUCUGAUAACUUUGCUUGAAGCCUGUGUCAUAAGUCAAUUGCUGCUGCUUUUUUGUUCUCCAAGGGAUCUUUCUUCCAGAAAUGUAACUGUUUAUGCAAGUGAGAUACAAAAGUUUUUAUUAUAAACAAAAUGUCAUUCAUAAUAGUAAAGUUGCAUAUCUUAUUGAUACUUUGUGAGAUGUUAUGCCUGUAUUGCAAAGGUUGGAUAAUUUUGUCUAUAUAAUAUUGCUGUCCUAAUUGCACAGCAUGGUUUUACUUAAUUUAAUGUUGCUGUUUAAUAUUUUCUUCUUAUAGAAGAGAUCCAUGCUCUUUUUGGUAUAACAUGUUUUAAUAAAUGUUAUCUGUCAACUUUG